CAAAGUGCUGAGAUGUUGUGUUGGUAGUGGGUUUUUUUUUUCUUCGUCUUUUGUGUCCAUAUGUUUCGAGACAGAUGUGUACACAAGGUCAUGACUAUGGGCUUCACCACAAAGCUGGUACUUUAUCCUUUACGCAAUAUGUAGCUUAGCGUACUCUCCACUAAAGGGGAUAUAAUUAUGUAGAGGAAAUGUAAUGUAAUUGGUUCUGCCACUGUAUUAUACAAUAUAGCUUAUGAAUUGGGACAGCCAGAGCCACACACACACACACACACCCAAGCCCCCGACCAGAUAAGAGUGGUUAAUCUUGAUUAGAGCAGUGUGAACGCUGAAGAAUACAGUGUCCUGACAAACAUUUGCCUUGCACACAGCUGAGUGGGAUAAACCCCAGUGAUUAUUGUGGAAAUGUCAUGCUAGGUAGACAGCCAGAGCCAGGGAAACGAGCGGGAUGUGACACAAACAGGAAUAUGACAUGAGUGCCUCACAGUCAGCUCUCUCUCCGUCUCUCUCUCUCUCUCGUGCUUUCGAUGACAGAUCUGUUCCCUCUCAGUGUCGACGCGGGGUUGUCUUUUAUGCAGGAGAAAUAAAGCGGCGUGUGAUGGAAAAGCUGCAGUCAAAGAAAAAUGUCAGAGCGCUGUAACUGCUACGGUUGAUAGCCACAUAUAAAAUAGUCAAAUAGUGAUGUGGUCGUAACUGUGGCUUUGUUUGAUAGACCAAGUACAGGGAAGAAAUUAAACACUUUUGUUUAUUUUUUGUUUUAAAAACAAUAGAACAAUUUGUCACUUUAACUGCUGUAAAUGUGCCUGGUUGGUGUAUGAGUUUGUAAAGCCACGGUACGGUCUGAUGAAUAAUUGCUUUCCACUGUGAAAUGUGAAGGUUGCAGACAUUCUGUUAACCUCGCUAGUGGAAAAAAGGAAGAGGGGGGUUAGAGGGAAAGAAAAAAAAAAGUCCCUUCCUGUCAGUGGUCUCCCUCUCUCUGUUCUUGUGAGAUCUGGAUGUGAUAAGUGUGAGGCCUCUGGUAACUGAACAGGAAGGAUAGAGGCUCUGGCUCGGCACACAUGUCCACCUCCCCUUUCGCAGGCAAACAAAGAGAGCAAAGCCCGCCACUUCACUCUAGGUUUCACAGCAUUUAAGUCUAUCAGUGGGAUUAUUGUCAGUUACCUAUGUAGGUGCUCCUCUAGGUGAAGUCACUGCUGUUGAAUUUGUGUGAUUUUUUUCAUGAAAAUGCUGGAAUCAUUCAGCAGCUUGGCACAGUCUAGACACAGUCUCUGGUCUUAUGUUGUACCCGACAGUGUGGUGUCAAGUGGAGGUACUUUAUUAAACAAGUACAUGGCCGUGCAGCGAGGGUUUAUCAUUCAGCCCAAACACCCAGGGGUCUAAAUGACAAGCUGUUAAACUGAUAAAAGUGAUUAGUGUCCGUACACAAGUGUUUCCUCCAGCAGGUGCUUAAAAGGACAGAAACUAAAGGCAUAUCCUGACAUGCAUGGAGUGAUUCAACACUGGAGUGUCCAAGUAGUUUGGAGAUCAGGACUACGAUGGCUGGGACCAGAAUGUUUGAUUGGAUAAGAUACUGAUUACUUUUUUGGCAAAUGAUUUUGAUUCCAAUGUCAAUACUGUGUGUGAUUAAUUUUUUUCAACCCAACAAAUCACAUGACAAAUACAAGGCAUUUAACAACUUCAAUAUGUAUGUGUUUUUCAUAACAUUAUACAUUAUAUACUUCAUAUCUACACAAAGUAACCUGAAAAGUUUAAUUAUCAGCAUUAAGGGAUAAAGGAGACUAGUGGACUUGGUCACAUGGAGUCACUCCUCUCUUCUGGUCAGUGGUCAUGUGCCUUACCAAGGAAUGGUGCAACACAGAAGCCUAAAGCUCCAGUUUAAUGGCUGGCAGGUAGAGGCCAAAGAGGGACAAUCAUCAUGAACUCUAUUCCGUCAAUGGACAGACACAUACAGCAGACCAAUGACCGUCUGCAGUGUAUCAAACAGCACUUACAAAACCCAGCAAAUUUCCAAACAGCUGCAACCGAGCUGCUGGACUGGUGUGGUGACCCCCGAGCCUUCCAACGUCCUUUUGAGCAAAGUCUUAUGGGAUGCCUAACGGUGGUGAGUCGCGUAGCAGCGCAGCAAGGCUUCGACCUGGACCUGGGCUAUCGGCUCUUGGCCGUGUGUGCGGCCAACAGGGACAAGUUCACUCCAAAAUCAGCAGCCCUCCUGUCCUCGUGGUGUGAGGAGCUGGGCCGCCUCCUCCUCCUCCGUCACCAGAAGAACAGACAGAACGAGCCACCUGGAAAAGUGCCCAUGCAGCCCCCCAUGAGUUCCAUGAAGCCCAGCCUCUCACAUGGAGAUGGGUCGUUUCCCUACGACUCAGUUCCCUGGCAACAGAACGCCAAUCAGCCUCCAGGUUCGUUGUCCGUGGUGACCACAGUCUGGGGCGUUACCAACACCUCACAGAGCCAGGUGUUGGGUAAUCCCAUGGCCAGCAACAACAAUCCCAUGAAUGCUGGUGGCAACCCUAUGGGCUCAGGAAUGUCUGGAAACAAUCCAGGAAUGAACUCGCCUCAGUUCCCUGGGCCUCAGCAGCAGUUCCCUAACAAAGGCAACUCCAACCAGGGCUACAUGCAGCAAGGCAUGUACGGACGACCCAACUACCCCGGAGGAGGAGGCUUUGGUGGAAACUACCCAGGAGGCCCCAACGCAGGACCUGGUUCGAUGGGCAUCCCUCCCCACUCUCGUCCUCCCUCGGAUUUUGCCCAGCCUGCUGCUGCCGCCGCCGCUGCAGCAGUCGCGGCGGGCGGCGCCGGGGCCACCGCCACUGCUACGGCAACCGUGGCCGCCCUGCAGGAAACCCAGAACAAGGACAUGAACCAAUAUGGGCCGAUGGGACCAAACCAGGCGUACAACAGCCAGUUCAUGAACCAGCCCGGACCCCGCGGCCCUCCAUCACUCCCUGGUAACAUGGGCGCAGGCAUGAAUGCGUCCAACAUGAGCGGGCCCCCUAUGGGAAUGAACCAGCCCAGGGGCCAAGGCAUGGGGCCGUUUGGGGCCCACGGUCAACGGAUGCCCCAGCAAGCCUAUGCAGGACCUCGACCUCAGAGCAUGGGCAUGCAGGGCAUGAAAAGGCCGUAUCCAGGAGAGCCUAACUAUGGUGGACAGCAGUAUGGACCAAACAACCAGUUCCCCAACCAGCAGGGGCAGUACCCCACACCCAAUGCCUCCAGGCCACUGCCCUCUCCCAACUACCCUGGUCAGAGGAUGCCUGGACAGCAGCUACAGGGCCAGUACCCACCCCCCAGUGGUGCCAUGGGCCAGUACUAUAAGGAGCCUCCUUUCAAUGGCCAGACCAACAACUUCUCUGGCAGUGGAUAUCAGUACAACCAGGGUAAUAUGAAUGGGCCCCCCAGACCUGUGGGAAACUACCCUCACUCCCCAGUGCCGGGCAACCCCACUCCUCCAAUGACCCCAGGAAGUAACAUCCCUCCCUACCUGUCACCAAACCAGGAUGUGAAGCCUCCCUUCCCUCCUGACAUCAAACCAAGUAUCACAGCUCUCCCUCCACCGCCAGCCAAUCACAAUGAGGAGCUUCGUCUGACGUUCCCAGUACGAGAUGGAGUUGUUCUAGAGCCCUUCAGGCUAGAACAUAACCUGGCUGUCAGCAACCACGUCUUUCACUUACGACCCACCGUACACCAGACGCUAAUGUGGCGGUCAGACCUGGAGCUGCAGUUUAAGUGCUAUCAUCAUGAGGAUCGUCAGAUGAACACCAACUGGCCGGCAUCGGUCCAAGUCAGCGUCAACGCUACACCGCUCACUAUCGAGAGGGGCGACAACAAGACGUCCCACAAACCCCUGCACUUGAAACACGUAUGCCAGCCGGGGAGGAACACAAUCCAGAUCACAGUAACAGCCUGCUGCUGUUCGCACUUGUUCGUGCUGCAGCUGGUCCACAGGCCCUCGGUGCGCUCCGUUCUCCAGGGAUUACUGAAGAAGAGGCUCCUGCCGGCAGAGCACUGCAUCACCAAAGUUAAAAGGAACUUCAGCAGCGUGGCAGCGUCAUCAGGCAACGCCACGCUCAACGGAGAGGACAGCGUGGAGCAGACGGCCAUCAAGGUCUCGCUCAAAUGUCCGAUCACUUUCCGGCGAAUACAGCUUCCGGCGAGAGGCCACGACUGUAAACACGUUCAGUGCUUUGAUUUGGAAUCCUAUUUACAACUGAACUGUGAGCGGGGGACGUGGAGAUGUCCUGUAUGCAAUAAAACUGCUUUGUUAGAAGGGCUGGAAGUGGACCAGUACAUGUGGGGAAUCCUCAACGCCAUCCAGAACUCUGAGUUUGAAGAGGUCACCAUUGACCCCACAUGCAGUUGGCGACCAGUGGCCAUAAAAUCUGAAAUACACAUCAAGGAGGAUCCAGACGGGCCACUGGCGAAAAGGUUUAAAACCAUGAGUCCCAGCCAGAUGAUCAUGCCUAAUGUGAUGGAGAUGAUCGCUCAACUUGGCCCCGGCCCCUCGCCAUACCCUUCGCUACCCUCUCAGCAAGGGAGUAACAACAGUGAAUACGGUAGCCAAGGAAACAAUUACCCGGGGCAUGGGAACUUUGAUUUUCCUCAUGGCACCCCUGGUGGAACAUCAAUGAAUGACUUCAUGCACGGUCCUCAGCUUUCUCACCCCCCUGACAUGCCCAACAGCAUGAUGAACCAGGACAAGCCACUCUCUCACAAUAUGCCUGACUCUAUACCUCACUCUGCCAACAACGACCAAUCACAUGGUCCAAUGCAGCAGAGCUUACACGCAUCUCCCCACCCUGGGAGCCAAUCAGGGCAGCAGCUACACCACGGCGGGCCUCCGCAGCCCUCGCGACCAGCUCCACCUCCUCAGCAACAGCAGCCACAACCGCAGCAGCAACCGCCACCACCUGGACCCAACAACCACUCCCACAGUGACCUAACAUUUAACCCCGCCAGCAGUUUGGACAACCAAGCCGGCUCCGACAUGCCAGAGCCAUCUUUAGACCUUCUACCAGAACUGGCGAACCCCGAUGAGCUGCUGUCCUACCUGGACCCCCCUGACCUUCCCAGCAAUAGCAACGAUGACCUUCUAUCGCUCUUUGAAAACAACUGAGGCCAAUCAGUCACACAUGAACUUCUCUGGUUGCCUACGUUCUCCCUGAAAAGCUGGGGUGGUCGCUCAGUGCUCGACGAACACAAAGAUGCACUCCCUUUCUCUUCUUCCUCUUGUACAGUUUUCAUUCGCCAGCGCAGACUUGACUGAAAGAGGUUAAAACUCGAAGACGCGGUGGGGCGCUCAGCCCCUAGGCGGCCAUCUUUGAACUGUGCAGCUAUACUGGGUUGAUUUUUUUAAGCCACAUACAGGUGUACGUGUGCACAUUAGAAAACACGUGUAGCAUUUUUAUUCAUGUUUUGUUUCCUUGGAACAAAAAAGGAAUAUUGUAAAAGAAAAAAAAAAUCCAAAAUAACUGUGCUGUCUGGCCAGUCUGUGUUAAUGUCCAUGUUGUUAUUCCAGUCUGAACGGCCGCAGCUUCCUGGUCACAGCUCCAUUCCCCGACUGGUUAGUCUCACUGUUUGUCCACCACACAUCAUUUAAAAGCACAAGAGAUUUCGGCAAUGCAAAAAAAAAAAAAAAAAACUGACACUGCUCUCCUGUCUGUGGUAGAGAAGAAAAACUAGAUCAUUUGGAUCCACGUUUAUUUGCCCUUGAUAAAAAAAAAAGGUUUUUGAAAAGAUUUUUGCCCUUCUGGCUUACACGAGAAUUUUGCGAACGAUCGGCUUCCACUUUGUCUACGAUUGUGAUACCUAGAUAUUUUUGUCAAAAAGAAAGAGACCUGUCUCUACUUUUCACUUCUCUAAGGGUUAACAACUGGAGUGGAGAAGAUUCUGGGCCCUGCCGCAGCAACAACACGGUUUAUACGAGACAACAAGAGCAGUGUGUGUGUACUUUACAUGUUGUGUAGCGAUCACGCUCCUGUACAGAGGAGAGGUUUUAACAGAAAUGAAAGGUACAUUCAUCAGUGAUCGGGGGGGAGGGGGCUGGGGGGUUUCUGUGAUGAUCCUGCUGUGUUUACUGCUUCCUGCUCUAACUCCUUCCACGCCCUCUGCUCUGCAUGAGCCCCAGUGUUACACGGGUCAGGGUUUUUGCAAAGUUGCAUCUCUUUACCCUGUUAAAUGAUGUGCUGUCUAAAUAGUCUACCAAGUGCAUGUGUGCCAAGUCCUCGUCUAGUGCUGUUCCAAGUGGUUAAAAAAAAAACAACAAAAAAAAACGAGAUAGGGUUUUUUUUUUUUCAUCAGUUGCUGUUUCCUCUGCUCUCGUAUUGAUUUUUACUUCUGUCAGAUUUAGUAUGAUUUAUUUAACACUAACACUGAAGGGAUUAUGCUGAUAUCAGCAAUACAUUUUUCAUGUAUUUGCCAGAUAUACUGUAUUAUAUUUGUAAUUCUUUUUUUUUCUUUGCUACAUAACUGAACUAUCCACGUGUUUUGGUAAAACUGCUCAACGUCACCAAAGUUAGGGGAACGAGAAUGGAGGGGUUUGUGUCGAUUGAUCCCGUGUCUGACCAUGCAAGUGUGUGUGUGUGUGUGAUCGAGUAAGACAGUGUGUGUGUGAUUGUAAAGAUAUAGGAGAGGACACUUUCAGUUCAUCCAUGGCUACUGUUCAAGAAGUUGUUUUUUAAAGCAGUAUUGGUGCCGACCUUCGUUUUCAUGUUCCACUUCCUGAGAAGAGUGCUGUCCGCUGUGCAAAUGUAUUAUUUUUUAAGAAAUGCUAUUGUACUGUAAAUAUCAUUGUGAAUAUUUUUGUAUCAUCUUGGUAAUAUGUGUCCUCUGAUCAUAAGUCUCCACACGUACCCCUCUGACCACCUCCAGUAACCAGCCUCCUGCAGCAGUCUUGUCUCCUUGUUGUGACCAAGGCCAAUCCAAACUUCUCAUCAGCUUCUUCCUGCACGGCACGGUGCUUUCCUGUAACUUUCCUCCCGGUGUACUCUGUAUUACAUCUGUUGUUGGUUGUUUUUUAUUUUCACUUUAAAUUUAACAAAAUAAGAUCAGUUUGGGGCAAAUGUUUUUUUUAAUGUGUCAGAUUUGGAAUCAUUAACUUUGUUUGUUCAUGGAUUUACGUUAACAUCUCGUGAUGGUUUAAAAAGAUGUGGUAACAGCUGGCUUUCAAUGUAAUUAGUGAGCUAUGUGUAUAUCAUAAUUGUUGCUAAUUGUCCAUACACAGUGGCAUUUUAAAGAUAUAUCACAACCAUAUUUUAAAGAAAUUCAUCAUAUUGUUUAUAUUUUAUAGAAAAUGGGGCUUUUUUUCAAAGCAUGAGACCAUACACAUUUUUAUCCCCUUUUUGUUUUUGGUAAAUUAUUUUGUACUGUUUUUUUCUUAUCGAUCUGUAAGGCUAGAAAUCCAAUUUCUUUCGACCGCAGCAUUCAGCUGAAUUUCAACACCAGUGUUUUGUGUAAGCAUUGUUUUCAAUGCCCUUUCAGUAAUGAUACUUGCUCUCAUUCGUGCUUCGUGUAUCCGUCAUAAGCAGACUUCAAAUCGAGUCUUCAAAACAAUUAUACAUUAUUAUAUUUUUUUAAUAUUUCAAUUGAAACUCAAAAUCCACCCCACACAAUUCAUUAUGACUUUGUAUUUUGUUCGUACUUUUGAACGAGCCACUUCAGUGUAUUAGGUAACACCCCCCAAAAUCUGUAGUUGCACAAUCACAAUAACAGGCCAUUUUCUGAGCAGGGGGUGGUGUUUCAUAAAUAAAUUAUAAAAAAGUAAAUAAAUAAGUGAGGAAAAGCACGACGUCGCUCCGACCUGGAAAGGAUGCUGAGGGCAAGGCUAGGUCAAAUGUCCCAAGAAUGCCUGUAUAUAUGUAAAUGCCUAUUUGAGACAUGUGAACAGAAAUGUAUUCUUUUCCUUGGGAAUGUGCAUUGUUUCUUCAAAAUAAUAAAAAGCUUGCAACCCCUCUACUGGAAGUGGCUGAAUAUGGAAAUUGAAACUGGUUCGUUAGGGUCCAUGGGUAUCUGAGCAUUUUGUUUCCCCCUCUGUAAUAUAUGUUCACCUCUUUAGCCAGGGGAAUGGUUAGAUGUAAUAUUUAUCCCUUAGCCUCCUUGUCUGUCACCUCCACACUGUGAGGUGCUAAAAA